GGUUGCCUUGAAAAGUUAGAGGCUGAGGUAGAAAUCAUCUCUCCAGCUUCAAAGCUUCACCAAACAUUUCAUGCAAGACCUUACCACAUGUGCAAUGCCAGUCCAAACAAUUUACAAAGCUGCAAACUACUCGAAGGCGAAUGGGGCAAACUCGGAUCUGUUCUUCUAUGGAACUUUGUUCAUGAUGGGAAGGCAUGCAUUUCAAAGGAGUUGAUCGAAGCGAUUGACGAGGAGAAUAAUUUGGUAACUUUCAAAGUGUUAGAGGGAGAUAUUUUGAAGGAUCAUAAGAGCUUCAAAGUUACUAUGCAAGGCAUUCCAAAGGGAAAGGAGAAAAGUGUGGUUCAUUUGACUUUAGAAUAUGAGAAAAAACAUGACAAAUUAAUUCCAAACUCAUAUGAAAACAGCGUCAUGCAACUCUGUGUUGAUGUCGCAAAAGAUCUUGGAGCUCACCUUGUGAAAAUGGAAAGUAAUCAAGAAGCACUUUUGAGUUCUGUGGCUGCUUAGGCUUUGUGACCUUUUGGGGGUUGCUAUGAGGUAUCAAAUGGCCUUUUUAAGUACCAAUCUUAUGUUUAAUACUCGUGAACUUGUCCUAUGGUAUCAUAAGUUGGGAGAAUGGAUGAAAAUCUACUCUUAUGCUUAAAUAAAAUAAUAAUCAUAUUAUUGAUAUU